GCACUUGUCCUUCUUUUCCCCAAAUCACCCAACAUACCAGACAAGCGAAGCAAAGCGAAAUCAAUGGCUCCAAGAGAGAAGCCCGGCCAAUCCGUGAACCAUAACCCAAAUGCUUCGAAGGAGAUCCGUUACCGCGGCGUCAGGAAGCGUCCGUGGGGCCGAUACGCGGCCGAGAUCCGGGAUCCGGGGAAGAAGACCCGGGUCUGGUUAGGCACUUUCGAUACGGCUGAAGAGGCGGCGCGUGCGUACGACGCUGCCGCUCGUGAGUUUCGUGGCGUAAAGGCCAAGACUAAUUUCCCUUCCCCUGUUAUGGAGUUUACCCGCAGUUCUAGCCAGAGCAGCACCAUUGAUUCCUCUUUUCCUCCGCCGACCGCGAUGUCACAGCUCGACCUCACUCUUGCGGCCAACCCUCGUCUCUUCGGCGGCGCGUACUUCACCCUCGCUACGGUGGCCCACCCGACAGCCUUCUUCGAUGCCUUCGCGCCGCGCGUAGGUUACGGUGUUGUUAAUCCGAAAUUUAAGGCGGUGGUGGGAGGUGGCGGGGCCCAUAGCGAAUCUGAUUCGUCCUCUGUCGUUGAUUUCGAAAACCAGGGUCAAGAUCUGGAGCUUGGUGGUCCAUGUAAAUCCAAGAGCGAAGGAUUAUUCCUCGAUCUUGAUCUUAACCUGCCCCCACCUGAAGUGGCCUGACCCGACGACACACCUGCCGAUCUAAUACUUAUGAAAACGAAGUCGUGUUGCUGCUCUUUUGCUUAACUUCAAGAGCUGGAUUUUUGUAUAUAGACAUAACUGAGGCCGUGUCCUUUCUCCUGUGCCUGUUUUUUUUUUUCCAACUGAUGAGGAACUUAAAGAUUUCUCAUUGUUGUUGGUUCGUUACUGUUAACGUUAAACAUGAACAUGUUUUAGUUCUCCAAGAUCAAAGAUUUUAUUUUAUCUGUGGUACUUUUAUCCAGUUUUGAGAUUGAGUUGGAUCUUGUUUGUCUGAUGAGAAAACGAAGGAAAAUGGAGCCAGCAUUUGGGUCA